AUGUCGCAUUAUGAACUGGGUUCAGCACCCGAUCAAACCACAACUGCUAUCAAGUGGCCACAUGAUUCGUUAGCCGCACAUCUUGCCGUUGGUGUCGGUUCUACUGCAGCGCGAUAUUCGGAUUCUGGAUCUCCUGGUGGUUUCGCGCCGUUAACGCAUAAUCACAGUGGAUCAGCAGCAGCAACACUGCGUAUUCCAUCUCUAGCAGCAUCGUAUUCAAAUAAUAAUAGUAUGGGUGGCAGUGUAUAUAAUCGAUUCUUACCUGCACUUCAACCUCAACCUCAGCCUCAGCCUGGUCUUGUCACUGCGCCAUCCACUCAGCAACAAUCUGAUGCAGCACAAAAGUUAUUUGCACAGCUCACUAAUUCAGCAAAUACAACCACUACUCAACACCUGUCACAGUUCGUUAAUCAACAACAUCAUCUUUAUAUGGCUGCAGCAGCUGAAGAAGCCAAAUUAUUAGAUUCAUCGCAGAAAUUAAUUCAAGAUUGGCGUGAUAGAACUAGCAAGUUAGCUGUAACAACCAAACCCAUUUCGAAUGCGACUGGUGCUGACCAAUUAUGGCUUGAUGAGCAAAAAACGAAUCUGGUGCACCAGUUAGCACAACCAUACCAAAAACAUCUAAUACAGCAACGAUUAACUGCUACCACCCCACCAAAUAUCACCACAUCUCCACCAUUCAUCCCUCAACCCCAACCCCCAGCCCAUUCUCCAGUUCGAUCUUCACAUUCAUCAACACCCAGCCUGCUGACCCCUUCCGCGUCGCAACAGCAACAACUAGCAACCGUUCAACAACACCAAAGUGCUGCAGCUCUUGUAACGGCUGCUGCAUCACUUCUGUCAACAGAUGAGCGGAUUGGUACAAACCUUUCAACUUCGAAUACCACUCUUGUUGAAACGUCUCGUAUCUCAAUUCCUGAUUCCACCACCACUGGCACCUUGAUUGAUGGCGCAAAGAAUGGUGGUGCUUUUACGUCGUUUAAGCAUACUUCUUCAUCAGUCAUCAUGCAAUCACAUUCAAGUAAGGGCGAUGCUGAGAGAGACGAUAUUAUGGAGAUGAAUGAUCAGAUGAAUGGUGUUGAGCAUGGUGCACAAAUUGAAGAUGCACCGAUGAAGGAGGUUGAUUCAGAAUAUGCUGAGCUAAUGUGUGGAGGGUCGAGCUCGGUGGGCAGUAGUACAAAGAGUGAUAUGGAUAUACUCGAUGAAGAGACACACGUUGCAUCGUCUUCAAAUUCAUCGUCGAGUAGUAAUACGAUCAAAGAUGGAUCGAAUCAGAAUGUUCUCAACCAAAAGGGUGAUAAGGAACUGCUUCUUCAUGCUCUCAGCAAUCAACAGCAAUUACGAUCUGUCCUUGAUUACGAUGUUGACGAGAAUAAUGGUGACGAUACUAUGAGAACAGCAGUAGCACAACAAAACGAGCAUCAGAUAAAAGGUGAGAAGGUGAUCGAUGAGUGGACAGAUGAGGUCAAACGUCGUCCUUCAACUGAUACUACUUAUAUUAUCAGCAACGGUACAACUCAACCAAAAGAGGAGGACUCGAACUCACCGAGGAAAGAGUUGUCAUCGAUAAUAUUAAGAAAGGAUGGAUAA